UCACAGCUUCGGCUCCGCACAAAAACAGAAGCUCAUCAUGACGAACAUGUUAUGGAAAAUCAUUUACUUUACCAGCAUAACCGGCUUUUCCUGGUGUUCUUCAACCGAAGCGAGUCCAGAGGACCAGAACAUCCCGCAUAUUGCCAAGUAUUUCAGCACCAAAGGAAGGUAUGAGGAAGUGAAUCCUUAUCUGAUAAAGAACAUAACGGCUGUAAACAGCUCCGCUCUGCAGCCACCGUCUCCUCUAUGUCGCGAAAUCCACCUGACAGCCAUCAUUAGACAUGGGACCCGUUACCCGACCACUAAAAACGUUAAAAAGAUGCAGAAACUGUACGAGUUGGUCCAGGACAGAGUCAGUGGGACAGAGGAAUGGCUGCGUGAGAUCCUCACCCAGUGGACGAUGUGGUACACCGAGGACAUGGACGGCAGACUGGUCCAGAAAGGUGUGCAGGAUCUAAAGCAUCUGGCUGUCAGGCUGGCAAAGCUGUUUCCCUCAAUAAUCUCUGAGGAGAAACUUCGAGGAGGACUCAUCAAGUUCAUCACAAGCUCCAAGCACAGAUGUGUGAACAGCACGUUGUCCUUCCAAGCAGGACUGGCCGAGAUGUGGGCCAUCAAAGAUGUGCAGUUUGAAUAUACAGUGAACGAUGCUCUCAUGAGGUUCUUCGACAAAUGCACCAAGUUUAUCGAUGAAGUUGAUAAGAACCCUUUAGCUUUGGUGGAGAUGGACAAGUUCAUCCAGGGGCCAGAGAUGAAGAGGGUCCAGGAGAAGAUUGCUGACCGCCUGAAUGUCCCAUAUCCACUCAUCACAGACGAUAUGGUGGAAGCUGCUUUCUACCUGUGUGCCUAUGAGUUUGCCAUCAAGACGGUCAACUCCCCGUGGUGUCGGCUCUUUGACGAGGCUGAUGCACAGGUUAUGGAGUAUAAACUUGAUCUGAAGCAGUUUUGGAAAAGGGCCUAUGGGUAUGACAUCAACAGCAAAUCCAGCUGCAUUCUUUUCCACGAUGUAUUUGAACGUCUGGACAAAGCCCUCAAUGAGCACAAGUCGGGUCAGAAGGUGACAGAAGCUGUGACGGUCCAGGUCGGCCAUGCAGAGACCCUCCUGCCUCUCUUCACCCUCCUGGGCUUCUUCAAGAACGCCGAACCUCUGACAUCCUCCAACUUCGCCUCUCAGACACGCCGCUCCUUCCGCACCAGCCGUAUGUUACCGUAUGCUGCGAACUUUGUCCUGGUUCUAUAUGACUGCGGAGGAGGGGACUUCAGACUGCAGCCUCUGGUCAAUGAGCAGCCGGUUAUCUUCCCAGGUUUGACUGAGCGACAGGACUCCAUGCCACUCUAUGAAGACGUCAAAAGACAGUACGAAGAACUGCUGAAGGGGUGCGAUUUUGAGACUGUUUGUGAGCUGUUUGAAAAGAAUGUGGAGGUUUAAGAAACAAAGAGCUUUUAUUGGCCUUAAUCUGUACCUUAAUGGAGCAAUGUUUUUUUUAAGGCUUUUGAAAUGUAAGGCUUUAAUACCUCACUCUGAGGCUGUCGCUUUCAUCAAAAUAGUUUUAUCUUGUCUUUGAACCACACAGUGUUCCCUGCAAAGGUGAUUAAAUGUAGAUUAUUUUACCAUACCAGUAUUUCAGCUGCUCACUUCACUCAGGCUUGAGUUUUGAUGUUUUAUUUUUACAAAUCGAUUGAAUUUUUAGUUGUUCUUUUUUUUCUUUUUU